CUUUGCAAGAAUGCUUGGACUUUCCUUUUUGGAGUUUCUUCUCUUUCCUUUUCCAAUGGUUGACAAAUAUUAGUCUGCCAAAUUAGGAAAGAGUUGGUUAGUGUCGUGCCACAAUGUCCAAAACCAGCUGCUCUUAAAUAGCUCAAGUAAAGUUUGCCUCUUUUUGUUACCAAAUUUGGAAAAAAAUAAGCUUGAAACACAUCAAUUUUUCGCCCUUCGCCAUCGGUUCGGGAUUCGAACUGAUAAUGGAUGAUCUGAACUGGGAUGGAUACGGAUCGCGAGUGGCGAUGAACACGACAUCAUCGCCGUGGUUUUGGAGCAAUUACCAACCAGGAUUGGGAGAAAAGUUUGUGUCAUCCAACUCAAAUUCCAACUUCUGCAACUCAGUUCAAGAGCUCCCAAUGAUUAAAGAAGCUGAAGAUCCUCUGUUUUCAAAAACAGGGGAGGCUCUACCAAUGGUUAUGAGCCACCCAUUGACUAACUUCACAACAACUCGUGAAGUAGGUGUUAUUGAUCUUGAACCACAUAUCCCCACCGGAGUGUCUGCGGCGGCGCCGGCGACGUGCUCUCUAGAUUCAUUGGACUGCCUACUUUCAGCAACAACAAACAGCAACACAGACACAUCAGUAGAAGACGAUGGGAUUUCAAUGAUUUUGACAGAUUACACCAAUUUAUGGAACUUUGGAGGGAAUGCUAAUGCAGUAUGUUCUUCAAGGGAAUCUGGGAAGAAUGGGUCAAAUUCUUCAAAGAGAAGCCAUGAUCAAACUCAAUUCAAAGCAGGGGAUUACUCUGUUUUCUCCAAUGACAUCAUAAUCCAAUCAGAUUCCACAUCAGACAGUGGUGGGUUCAAGAUCAUAUCAGAUCAGAAUCUGGCAAAACAAAAGAAACCCAGAUCAGAAAAGCCACCAACUUCAUCAAACAUAAAUUUUCAGCAAACUUGUUCAUCUGGGUCAUCUUGUAUUGAGCAGGAGCCUGAUCCAGAGGCCAUUGCCCAGAUGAAGGAGAUGAUCUACAGAGCAGCAGCUUUCAGGCCAGUGAAUUUGGGGGUGGAAGUAGUGGAGAAGCCAAAGAGGAAGAAUGUGAGAAUUUCAACUGACCCACAAACUGUGGCAGCAAGACAGAGGAGAGAGAGAAUCAGUGAGAGAAUUAGGGUUCUACAGAGGCUGGUUCCUGGUGGGAACAAAAUGGAUACAGCAUCAAUGCUUGAUGAAGCUGCAAAUUAUCUCAAGUUUUUGAAGUCUCAGAUCAAAGCACUGGAGAAUCUUGGGCAAAAGCUUGAGUCUUUGAAUUGCCCUCCAACUAGUAUAGCUUUCUCUUUCAACCCAUCUUUUCCCAUACAAACAACUUCAUCCCAUGACAGUUUCUCCCUCCAAAACCCCAACCAUAUUAACCAAUUCCCCCAAAACUAAACCCUCUUCAUAAAACUCAGCUGAUGAUCUCAAGUGAUGUAGCUCAAAUUUAUUGGUUAAUGUUUCAAAUCUUCAAUAUGUUUGUUCUCUCCCUCUCUCUCUCAACAGAGACCAAUAAACUCACAUUACCACCUUACUUCAUUAUAAAUCACUUGGCGUUUUUUUAGCUAUGCAUUACACACUUCAUGUGGAUCUAGCUUUCAACAGCGUAUAAGACGUUAUGAGAGAUGUUGAAGUGACAAAUAUGUUUCCGAUUGUGGUUCACCUUCAUAUUUUCCAUGGUCUAUAUCAUGCGAGUC